UCAGCAAAAAAACAUUUAAGAACACGCGUACUCAACCUACCCAUCUCUGGUGUUUGAUUUUAUUGUGUUACUAUCUCACAGCAUUAAUCAAAAGGAGGACCCGGAAGCCAUGGAAGAAAGUAAAAGGCUCGUCGUCCCUUCCCGUCAAAUUCUUUGCGUGCAAAAACCGAACUAAACUUGUUUAAGCUAUCGUCAACUGCCAGUCCACCACCACCGCCUAAUUGAUCCAAAAUUAGAGAUUUACCAUUUCAAUAUCAACUACCUGCCAGGCACCAACUGGACCAACAACACUUUACUACCUCCUCCUUCUUCUGAUCCAAUCCAAGGCCAAGGCUGCCGCGGCUCUAGUGGUGGUUGUAUGGUCCAUGUCUUGAUGGGCCUUUUCUCCAAUCUCUGCGCUUGCUUGCAGACUAAACUCAGAAUUCGUAGACACAACGCUGCCGAAGGCGCCCCCGAUGACGUCGUUGAGACGAAUGACUUGUUCUUUGAGCUCCGUACUCUUGAAUUAGCUACUAAUUUCUUCUCCGAGUUGAAUCAACUGGGUCAUGGAGGAUUCGGUCCCGUUUACAAGGGAUUGAUACCCAAUGGGCAAGAAGUUGCAGUGAAGAAGCUUUCAUUAACUUCGAGACAGGGAAUUAGAGAAUUUACGAAUGAGGUGAAACUGCUACUAAAAAUUCAGCACAAGAAUUUGGUAAGUUUGUUGGGUUGUUGUGCUCAAGGACCAGAGAAGAUGCUUGUUUACGAAUAUCUUCCAAAUAGAAGUCUCGAUUACUUUCUGUUUGACAAAGUGAAAUCUACAUGCCUGGAUUGGACAACGCGGUUCCAAAUAGUUACAGGUGUGUCAAGAGGUCUCCUAUACUUGCACGAAGAAGCCCCUGAAAGGAUCAUUCACAGAGACAUCAAAGCCAGUAAUAUUUUGCUGGACGAAAAUUUGAAUCCAAAGAUAUCAGAUUUUGGCUUGGCAAGGCUCUUUCCUGGGGAUGACACCCAUAUGAAUACAUUUAGAAUUUCUGGUACUUAUGGUUAUAUGGCCCCUGAAUAUGCAAUGCGUGGAUAUUUGUCUGUUAAGACAGAUGUUUUUAGUUAUGGAGUUCUGGUGCUCGAGAUUGUAAGUGGGAGAAAGAAUCAUGAUCGUCAACUUGGUGCAGAGAAGGCAGAUCUCUUGAACUAUACGUGGAUGCUUUACCAAGGGGGCAAGACAUUGGAGUUAGUUGAUCCAAGCCUUGCCAGGUUCAAUCGGGAUGAGGCAGCCAUGUGCAUUCAACUGGGGUUGCUAUGCUGCCAACAGAACAUUGCAGAUAGGCCUGACAUGAACUCUGUUCAUCUCAUGCUUUCGAGUGACUCGUUUACUUUACCCAAACCUGGCAAACCUGGAAUUCAAGGUCGUGGGGGUCGUUGGACAACUACCACCACUUCUGCUCUCACUAACAGUGCUACAGCUACUAAUGCUAGUACUACAAACACUGGCGCCACCAGGGUUUCUGGAGGUAAUAGUUUUAUUGAUGAGUAUUCUAGAAAUUCUAUGUCUGUUUCUUCAAUUGAAGAAGGUAGAUAAACCAUCAUAUAUAAUGUGAAGGCUAAUUAGCUUUUUAAUCUCGUGUAAAGCAUUGAUUCUUUGUAGCAUCUGUUCAUGGGAUGUAUUUCAUUUUUGCCAUGUAAAAAUUUCACCGAACUUGCUACGUUUGGUAGAAAGCAAUGUGGUGUAGUGAUAAUUUUUUAGGGCAGUUAUAUUUUUGUUAGUGUGAUCGAACAGCGACAAUCUGGGUUUUAACCUUCAUAGUUAAUUGCUUGUUAUGAACAA